AUGACAGGGAACAUGAGAGAUGAAUCUAAGUUUCUCUCAGGACUUCAGGUGAAGAGUUUCCCAUGGACCCGCCUCAGAGUACGACCCAUCUUGUGGUUCAUGGAGAUGGGGCCAGAACGACAAUUAAUCUACAAUUUGAAUGGAAUGGACAGUAUAAAUUUCAGUUGUAUGUCCUAUGGCUUCUUGCCCAGUAACAUCACUCUGAAGUGGUUCAAACAUGGGGAAGAACUCCUACAUUUCCAACCCCAAGAGCUCCAGGUAGAGAACAGCAAAGCCAAGUCCUGGCCCUCCCCGUGCAACACUGGCACUCAGGAAGCUCCAGGGACAACCACGAUGUCCAUCCUUGCACCCCAGCACCACCUGCCUCUGUCUUCCUUGCUACUGCCUCUGCGGCUGGGACUUACAGGGGUGACAGGUGAGCAGGAGGAGCUGCAGGUGAUUCAACCUGAGAUGGUGUCGGCAACAGCUGGAGAGACGGCCAUUCUGCCCUGCACAGUCACCUCUCUGCAACCCUUGGGGCCCAUUAACUGGUUCAGGGGUACUGGACCAGAUCGGCAGCUAAUCUACAAUUUCAAAGGAACCCACGACCACUUACCUCUCUACCCCCGAGUAAGAAAUGGCACAGAUAUCACACAAAGAAACAACAUGGACUUUUCCAUCAGCAUCAGUAAGAUCACCCUGGCUGACACCAACACCUACUAUUGUGUGAAGUUCAAGAAAGGGACCCCUGAUACGGAGUUUAAGUCUGGUGCUGGGACUCGGGUCACUGUGAGUGGUGAGUAG